AUGUUCGAUAAGAUUUUCAAAAAACGUCCACAGGACCUCUAUGCAGACCCUCAGGUCCCUAGCGACGCAAGGUCCUCAAAUGAACACGAGAAAGGCCCCAAUGAUCUCGUCGACACGCCUGUUCCGCUCCUCACAUGGCGCUCAUUCAUUAUGUGCAUUCUCGUCUCCAUGGGUGGUUUUCUUUUCGGUUACGACACCGGUCAGAUCUCCGGCUUCCUGGAAAUGAAAGACUUCCUUCAUCGCUAUGGUGAACCUCAAUCGGAUGGAACUUAUCAUUUCAGCAAUGUUCGCUCGGGUCUCAUUGUUGCCUUGCUGUCGAUUGGUACUCUGAUAGGUGCUUUAGUUGCAGCACCCAUCGCCGACCGCUUAGGACGAAAGUGGUCUAUCAGUUGGUGGUCUCUGAUGGUGUGUAUUGGAGUCACCGUUCAGAUCUCCUCGCCUUUUGGCAAGUGGUACCAGGUCGCCAUGGGUCGUUGGGUUGCUGGGCUCGGAGUUGGUGCAAUCUCUCUACUGGUACCUAUGUAUCAAGCCGAGUCAGGACCGAGGCAUAUUCGAGGCUCGCUGAUCAGUACAUAUCAGCUAUUCAUUACACUUGGAAUCUUCGUUGCCAACUGUAUCAAUUUUGGAACCGAAUCUCGCACCGACACCGGUUCAUGGCGUAUCCCCAUGGGUAUCACGUAUAUCUGGGCCAUAAUCCUUGGUGUUGGCAUGAUGUUCUUUCCUGAAAGUCCACGCUACGACUACCGCAACGGCAAGAAGGAGAAAGCUAAGAGCACCCUCGCCAAAAUCUACGGUAUCCCUCAUAACCACCGCGCUCUUCAUCUCGAGUUCGAUGAAAUCAGACAGAAACACGAAGAAGAGAAGCGCAACGGAAAGGUUAGCUGGAUCCAGUUGUUCCGUGCUCCGACGAUGGGGUAUCGAGUCGCCGUUGGCGUCACCUUGCAAGCUCUCCAGCAGCUCACAGGUGCUAAUUACUUCUUCUAUUAUGGAACAACUAUCUUCAAUGGUGCUGGAAUCAAAAACAGUUAUGUUACCCAGAUGAUUCUAGGCGGCGUCAACUUUGGAACAACCUUCCUUGGCCUCUAUCUGAUUGAACACUAUGGUCGACGCCGUUCUCUCAUAACCGGUGCCUUAUGGAUGUUCGUCUGCUUCAUGAUAUUUGCCUCAGUGGGCCAUUUCUCCCUAGACCAAGAAGACCCAGAGAGAACAAAAUCUGCGGGUAUAGUCAUGGUCGUCUUUGCCUGUCUUUUCAUUCUUGGCUUUGCCAGUACCUGGGGUCCGAUGGUAUGGACGAUCAUCGCCGAGUUGUAUCCUUCGCAAUACCGCGCACGCGCCAUGUCUCUGGCGACUGCAUCCAACUGGCUCUGGAACUUCCUCCUUGCCUUCUUCACUCCCUUUAUUACUGGCGACAUUGACUUCCUCUUCGGGUAUGUCUUUGCCGGAUGUCUUUUCCUUGCUGCGGGUCUGGUUUACUUCGCCGUCAUCGAGGGACAGGGUCGUACACUGGAGGAGAUCGAUACUAUGUACCGAAUGGGAGUGAAGCCGUGGCAUAGCUCGAAGUUCCAGUUCCCUGCUAAUCCAGAUCUUACCCGGGACUCGUUGAAUAAAGAAGAGAAUGCUCCUGGGUCGUCUCAUGUUAAUGAUCCUAACACUGGGCUACGAGAGGAUGGGUCGUGGAUGCCCGAAACAGGCGCACAAUCAUGA